AUGUUUGCUCCCUCGACCUCAUCUCAGUCACCUAUCCACAGGUCGCUCCCCCAGGCAUAUGCAGAGAUCUUGAAUGACCUGAAUCAAAAGGUCAUCUCUGCUCAGCCCCAGGACGUCCUCCAGUUCUGUGCCAACUACUUCAACCAGAAGCUGGAGGAGCAGCGCGUUCGAUUCCUGGCUGCAGGUAAGAAGCGCGCACACCAUACAUUGCCACUAAUUCUUGGCAAUGCCACCACCCCUGUAGCAUCCAGUCCCGAUCAUUCGAUGGAGAGCGAGAGCGAAAGCGAAGGCAACAGCGAUAGCGAUGACGAGGACGGAGACGGCCCCAGUCCUUUGAUGACAAUUCCCCCUAACUACAUGCUUGGGCGUCGCACUUCUGUAAGUGCAGAGAGCAUGGUUCCCAGCCAUCAGAACUAUGUCAAGACAGUCAUCCCAAAGACAGAGGAGCAGCGCAGGAGAAUUGAAGCAUCAAUCUCCAACAACUUCCUGUUCAAGAACCUGGAUGAGGAUCAGCACGAGGAUGUCGUGAACGCUAUGACAGAGAAACGCUUCCAGCGCAACGACAACGUGAUCGAGCAGGGCGCCGUCGGUGACUUUUUCUAUGUGGUCGAAACAGGAACGCUGGACGUCUUUGUGGCAAAAAAUGGCAACCCUGCUGAAAAAGUUUUCGAGUACGGACCAGGAGGCAGUUUUGGAGAGCUCGCGCUCAUGUAUAACGGACCUCGCGCUGCUACCGUUACUGCAACGUCGGAUGUGGUUCUUUGGGCUCUUGAUCGCAUCACAUUCCGCCGGAUCCUAAUGGAGAACACAUCGAGAAAGAGGCGCAUGUACGAGGCCUUUUUGGAGACCGUCCCGCUGCUCAUGUCCUUGGAACCGUAUGAACGCCACAAGAUCGCAGAUGCACUGGAGUCAGUCUAUUUUGAUGACGGACAGGUUGUCGUUAAGCAGGGCGAUCAAGGAGACAAUUUCUUCAUUAUCGAAUCCGGAGAGGCUACAGUCACAAAGUGCAACGAUGAAGGUGUUGAGUACGCCAUGCCAGGACUCGGACCUGGCCAGUACUUUGGAGAAUUGGCGCUACUCAACAAUAUGCCACGCGCGGCGACUGUGAGGGCAAAAGGCAGGCUAAAGUGCGCGACUUUGGGCAAGAGGGCCUUUGUGCGCCUGUUAGGGCCGGUGGUCGAGAUUAUCAAACGUAACAGCGACAACUAUCAAACGAUUGAGCAGCAAAUCCAGCAGCAACAGCUGCUUCAGGAUCAGCAAGCGGCGGUCGAAGCUGCAUCGUCGGAUGCAGCGUUCAUCCCACCUCAGGAUCAAGUCAACCACCAUUAA